CCGUUUACGGUUACCAGUUAUCGCUUGGAAAUUGGAAUUUGGAACAUCUCUAUUCUCUAACGCAAAGUACUUUAUAGUUUAUUGAGGAGACUGUCGGAAAAAUUCAAAUUAUUUGAAAAUUAGGCUUACAAAUAUGUUAUCUCGCGUGGCUUUGCGUUCAGUAGUGGCCCGGCAGUCAGCCCCCACAGCCCUUGUAGCUCGAACUUCCACCACUGAUGCUUGUGGAGUACGAGAUGAAAAGAACUUUCCUAGACCUGUAAGAGGUGAACCUGGCAAAGUUAGGCUUGGUUUCAUCCCAGAAGAAUGGUUUCAAUUCUUUCAUUCAAAAACGGGAGUGACAGGACCAUACACAUUCGGCGCUGGUCUGGUAACAUACCUGCUCAGCAAAGAAAUCUAUGUAAUGGAACAUGAAUACUAUACUGGUCUUUCUAUUUUUGUUAUGGUCUAUUAUGCUACCACUAAGUUUGGCCCUAAAGUUGCAUCUUGGCUGGACAAGGAAGUUGAUCAAAUAGAAACUGACCUUAACCAAGGAAGAGUAGAAACCAUAAAAUCACUGGAAGAGGGUAUUGCAACAGAAAAGGAUGCUCAAUGGCGCGCCCAAGGCCAGGAACUGCUUAUUCAGGCUAAGAAAGAAAAUGUACUUCUACAGCUAGAAGCUGCUUACCGUGAACGCCUUAUGAAUACCUACCAGGAGGUCAAGAAACGACUGGACUUCCAACUUGAGAAGGCAGCACUUGAACGCCGCUUUGAACAGAAGCAUCUUGUUGACUGGGUUAUCACCAAUGUCAAUAAGGCUAUUACUCCUGAUCAAGAGAAACAGACCUUGGACCGCUGCAUUGCUGAUCUAGCAGCUAUGGCUCACAAGUGAACAUUCUAGAUUUCACAAAAUUUUAAAUUAUUCUGCCUUUAGAAUUCAUGUACAUUCUACAACACCUAGAAUUAUGUAUAAAUUAUGUUAAUAAAUGCUGUAUCGUGAUA